CCUUACCGCUCGCUGCCAGCGUCACGAAGGAGAAGCGUUGCAAUUGCCUUUAUCGGCGCCGGCAUACCGCCAAUUUCCCCGAGCCGCAGAGUGCGCUGUUGGACUGCGGUCGCAUCUACACAUAAUCGCCGGCUGCCCACACCCCGCGUGCCGCCAUGGACGACCCUUUCGAACCCUCCGGUCGCUUUCCCGGCAGUGGAGAUGGCUUCCACAGGCAGUCACAGAGCAUCGGCAGUCACUUCGACUUUGACUUCUCGUCAAUGAUGCCCUCGCAGCUGGGGCCGGGCCAGCAGGCGCCGAGCGAUCCCUCCCGACUUCACGGCGGUGGCGUUGCUUAUGAAUCGCACGACGACCUCUGCAUCGACCACUGCAUGGGCGUGGGACUGUACAACGGCUUCCAGCAGUUCAAUCAUCGCGGUGGCUCGACUUCCGUCCAUAGUCGCUGGGCGCGUGACAGUUCGCUCUCUCGUUACGACUUCCCAAUGGGCCACGACGCGCUGGCAAUGCAGUUCCGUGCCACCGACAUUGGCCACCAGGACUCGAAUUCUUACCACGGGUGGUUUGACGAGCACUCCGGCUCGUGUGUUCCGUGCAACGCUGAGGAUUGCCAGUCCAUGGAUGACAGCUGCUGCGACAGCCAGUGCACCAUGACGGGCAAAUGCACCGACCUCGCCUGUGCCGACACCGAGGACGCCUGCACCGACCAGAACUGCCCUGCCCGUCCUGACGUCUCUGUUCCCUCCGAGGUGGUCAGCGGUGCGGCCGCCCUCAUAUCCAUCAACCACUCCCCUGAGGACACUCACCACACAUUCAGUAUGCAGCAGCCAGCUGCAGUCAUGGGCAAUCUGGGCUUCGACCUGUCUAGUACUCAUCAGCAAACUUGCAUGAUACCGUCCGGCUUCCUACCGGGACCAUUGGGCAACAUGGCUAACCAUCUGCUCGUUGCCCACGGCGAUCAGGGCUCGUCCAACUGCACAAGGCCAUGCCCUUUGGAUGAUCCUCAAAACUACCAGUUCUGUCACUUGCCGCUGUACAGCAAUACUACCAGCUUCAACCAGUUCGGCGCUGCCAGUUCUGAUUUCCAGAUGAAUGGGGGCUUUGUCGAGUGCGGAGCCGUGAUCCAUGACCCGGAAACCUUUCUCGCGCAUUUCAAUUCGCACCACAGGCCCUACCUUACUACUGGGAUGCCCAACCCUCUACGUGCCUCAACGGAAUCGCAGCACAGCCGGUCUGCGUUGUCCUCAACUGAAGUUGUCUCCCCACCUGCCACACCUUUGGACACCUCUGAUUCUGGGAGGUCAUCGACGACGCCAUCUCCACUCACGCCGCUCUCCAACAGUGCUGAGAUGACCGAUGCCAAGUCUCUAUCGUCGCUCCAUGUCCGCAGCACAUCCAUCUCCUCGUCAGCAGAGCGCUCUAUCGAGCCCGGAGCCGGUGAAGAGCACAGGUGUCUCUGGCGGGACGAAGGCAGUGACCGUAUCUGCGGUCAGACAUUUGCGGAUGCCGAGGAUCUGUUCAGGCACGCUGCGGAAACCCACAUCAAGCAUGCUCAAAAGGGUGCCCAAGGGUUCCGUUGUGGCUGGGACGACUGCCCACGCAGCGAGCCUGGCUCCGCAGGGUUCCCGCAAAGAAGUAAGAUUGAGAGACAUAUGCAGACCCAUAUUGGUCACAAGCCUCAUAUCUGCCCAACAUGUAACAAGGGCUUCUCGGCGAAACAGGCUCUCACUCAACACAUGUUCAUCCACAGCAACGAGAAGCCCUUAGUGUGCAACAUUUGCCACAAAGCUUUCAGGUAUCCUAGCGCGCUCACUAUGCAUCAGCGCGUUCAUACCGGAGCAAAACCCCUGAAAUGUCCAAUCUGUGGGAAGGGUUUCAGCGAGUCCUCCAACCUGUCCAAGCAUAAACGCACGCAUGAAGUCAAGGGCCGUUUCACGUGCACUGUCCCUGGCUGUGAUCGCAACUUUCACCGCCAGGACCAAUUGCGGCGGCACAUGAAAACUCACCAGAAAGAGGGCGAGUGCUGCAGACCGCUAAGGAGUCCAGUGUCCAGUAUUGAGAGUGUAUUUGAGCAGCAGCCACCGCCAAGCUGAGGAUCCUUAGCUUCGACCUCCCUUCCAUGAUGUUUUGGAAGUCG